AAUUCUCGACUCAGGAACCGGUUGAGGCGGGUGUCUCUGGUUGUACCUAAUGCUGUACAGUCUUGGAUUAAUCGCUAUUCCUCUUCAUCUCUUCAGGGGUCUAUCCUGCAGGUUCAGCCAGUGUCCACAAGUAUAUAAUUGUCAUUAGAAAAAUUACGAAAAUCAUGGAAUUUUCUAAUGUGUGUCCAGUACUCAAUGAAAAGGCUGGAUCUGUCUUUACUAUUGUCUGGUUACGAUUGUGAUAGUAAAUUAAUUUUGAUUUUGGUUGGUCCUACUAAAAAUUCUGAAGAAUCAUGUGCAUUAUUCUGAAAUAUAGAGUUGUUGUCAAAAUGUGACAUUAAUAUAAUCUAUAAAUUUCAGGAUAUUUUACAACACCUUCUUGAAUGACAGCUUUUAAGUCUGUAAUAUAUAACAGUCUUAUAAUUUAUUGGAUAUCAUUAUUUCAUAUAAUGGAUGAAAUUAAACAUGUCCUGUACUAGUAUUUUCCUUAUCUCGACUUUUACACAUGGUUAAACUUUCUUAUGGUUUGGAGACUGAAGCAGUCAGCUGUGACCCCAGAUAUUAUCAUAAUCCGAUGUCUCAAGUUCAUCUGGGGUGAACAUGAUUCCCCAUGUGUCCAGUUACAAAAUAUUUUCUUCAUUCUUAUCAAACUUGCUCCAUUUAAAAAAAAAUGAAAAUAAAACCACACACACUCUUUAUGCAAGUAUAUUUCAACACGAGCAGAAGAGUAAAUAUCGUGUGUUUGAUAAUAUAUCUUGAUAGAGCAAUACAGUCUGACAGGUAAAUGCUUAGUGUUUACAUGUGCGUGAAAAUAUAGACGAGACAAAAUGGUAGCUCCUAUGCAUGCAAACAGCUGUCUGACUUGUGUGAACCUGGAAUUCUAAUUGCUUAUUUAUGUCCACUCUACGGAAUUCAUUCAGACGCAAGAAAAGGAGAUCUGCCCAGGAACUUGAAAUAUGUCGGGGCUUGAACGGGUUUGAGGAAUUAAGGAAGUACAUCAAACAAGGGAGCGAAUUCUGUAAGGAAGUAUCACUCAUUAUCCAGGAAAGGGCCGAUUUAGAAGGACAUUAUGCAAAAAGUCUCCAUAAGCUCAGCCAGAAACUUGUGAAAGCCACAACAGGAAAUCUAGGGUCAUUAGCAGACGGAUGGCGGACAGUGGGCAGUGUCAUGGAGCAGGAAGCAGAACUACACAAGAAUUUAAGUAUGGCAUUGGCUGAUGACAUCAGUAAGCCCUUAAAAUCUCUGGUGGAAACUCAGAACAAAGCCAGAAAACCAAUUGAGGCAACCGUAGACAAGAGUUUGAAGACACUGACAGAUCGUAGGACGGAAGAAUUCAAGGUGUGCACAGUUUUGUUAUCUAUGUUAAAAGCGUUUAUCAAUUGUCUGUCUUUUGUGUUUAGGUCAGUUCAGCUGAAAGCUCAAGUGAAAACUCAACUCAAAGCUCAGCUGAAAGCUCAAGUCAAAGCUCAACUCAAAGCUCAGCUGAAAGCUCCACUCAAAGCUCAUGUGAAAGCUCAACUCAAAGUUCAACUCAAAGCUCAGUUGAAAGCUCAACUCAAAGCUCAGUUGAGAGUUCAACUCAAAGCUCAGCUGAAAGCUCAACUCAAGGCUCAGCUGAAAGCUCAACUCAAAGCUCAAUCCAAGAAACAGACAUAUGUCCAUGCCAAAGACUGUGAAAAGGGAGAGGAGCACCGAAACGACAGCAGUAAAGGGAAAACAGAGAAAGACAAACAGAAAAUAGAGAAGAAAUGUGACCAAAUGAGAAAAUUGUUAAAGAAAGCUGACAAGGACUACUGUGAAUUAUGUGAGAAGGCAGAGACAGCCCGACAGGAAUGGGAGUUUAAUGUUGCUAAGGGCAGUGCACAGCUCCAGACGUUAGACGAAGAUAGAUUAGCAAAAAUGGCAGAUUACCUCAACCAGUACAAUAGUCACUUGUCUGUGAUGGGACCUCGGUUACAAACCAGUUGUGAUAAAUUACACGAGUCUGUGAUAUCGGUGGACAUCCAGGCAGAUUUGAGAGCUGUAGCUCAACAAAGAGGAACUCAGGGCACCCCACCAGAGCAGAUAUUGUUAGACUGCUAUGCAGAAGACUUACAGUUCACAAUGAAUGGGGAGAGGAGGAAAAAUGCGCUACAGAAUUACCUGCUGUAUUUACGACAGUCGUUAGAACGGGAGAAAAAAGGAAAAGAAGGAGUAGAGAAGUUAGUAGGUGUGUAUAAAGAGCGACCAAACUUUGCUGAUCAGGACGCUCAGGAGGAUGCCAGACAGAGGCUGUGUCAGGUGAUGUUUAUGAUGAAUUUUCUAGAGGCUAGUCAUUAUAAGAUAGCAUCAGUGUUAGCCAAACUGGAGUGUCAACCCAAACUGGAACAUAAGUUUGCUAAAUACAUAGAGACGCAGAGGGAUAAACAGGGAAUUCCUACAAGUGUUCUGCGACUACCAAUCAACAUCGCCCUGGAGGGUAACUCUGGAUACGAUGUAACCUCGGUAACGGUGGGUGCACUGGCCAAUCAGACGCAAUCAGAUCCCUAUGAGGAGCCAUUUGCGGACGAUGAGUUUGAAGAUUAUGGAGACAAUCAUGUGAUUGGCCGAUGUCGAGCCCUGUACGAUUACGAUGCUGGUCAGGGAGAUGAGUUAACAAUAAAAUAUGGUGAUGUUAUCAACAUUUAUGACAAACAAAUGGAUGGCUGGUGGCAAGGGGAAUUUAAUGGAAGGGUCGGAAUCUUCCCGGCGACGUAUGUGGAGGAGAUAUGAUUCUGUAACAAAGUAUUAAUAUCAAUCAGGACUGUGACAGUGCAUCUGAAAAACGGUUGUAUAUAAAAAGCCGGUGCAUCUAAAUUUGGAUCUGGAUAUGUCUUCAGACUCGGGGGAUCUUGGCUUUCAAAAGAUUGGGAUCUAAGUCGUGACUGAAAGGUGUCAUGUGACUAUAACUGAUGGUGCAGUAUUUGGUGUAGAAAUAACUUGGUACCGAACAAACAUUUUCUGUGGAAGAUGUUGUUUACCGAGUGAGAGUUUGAGAGAACAGCUAUUUCACAGUGUAACCAAGUCGCAAUGGAAAAAAAAUGCGCUUAUGAUAUUAAUUUAGUGCUAUACGAAGACCUCGUCAAAAAAUGUGCUGAAACAUGCACUGAGGGAACAUCUCAUUUUUGUAUUUCCUCAAAACUGUGCAGACAGUGAAUGGAACAUUAUCAUGAUUGUAUAGUUCUAAAAAAAACCAGCAAAAAUUCGGGUCUACCUGUUAAUAUCUUUAAUGUUGUUUAUUUUGUGUUGUUAAUUGGUGUUCAUACAGCUUGCAUAUUAUAAUAUUUACUGAUAAUGCAUAAUAUGUAUGCUUUAUACAGCUGAGACUUCCGUAACCUGUGUUCACUAGACACCACUGGGUAAUUGGUCGUGGGUACUUGGUCUGUCUGUAGUCUGUAGGUCUGUCUGUAGGUGUCAGUUUCUGAAUAUGCUCUUGCUUCACCUUGUAUGGGCUAGCUGUACAUAUUUUUCAGUAUUAAAAAUAUUAUGCAUUAAAUGUUAGGGGCAUAAUGUUUCCAAUGCUUCUAAUUCUGCUAAUUAUUGCAUUCAUAAUCUAAAACUAUCAACUCAGCAAUUGAAAAGUCAUUUCAUAUGAAAUUUAUAUUGAAGAUGGAAGUGUUUGUCUGUGUUCUGAAUGAGACAUGAAGGUUUGAUAUAUGUCACAAUGAGUGAAAGAUUAUAUGAUUAGUGUUAGUUGUGCAGUGAUCUGCUACUUUGCAGUGAAAGUUCUAUUGAUUAUGUUUAAGAAUGUGAAUAACUGUACACUAUUUAUGGAAAAAUUGAAUUAAUGUUAAAAUCGAAUGCCAUGUAUAAUCAAUUUAUUCUUAAGAUUAAAUCACACUUAAAUCACAAUUUAAUCUGCAUUUACAUUUGCAUUCAUUCAGUGAAAUUUACCAAUCCGAAUGAUGAAACUGUCAUUUUUAUAUACUGUAUGUGGUAAGGAAUAAUUCCUUCUCACAUUAUCUCCAGUGUCAGACCAAAGUUGCCCGUCUGAGACAGCCAUGUGAGAUUUUUCUUGUCUUGCAUCACAAUGACAUGUUUCAUUGUGUCAUAUAUUUUUUAUGAUGUAUGUUUAUAGAUGGUAAAAAAAAAGUUGUAUUGUUUUCUUCAAAUUUUUAUUUAUAUAGCUUUCUGGGGGACAGUCUUGGGUAGUUUGCAUAUGAAAUAUAAACCAUUUUCGGAUACGCUCUGUUUGACUGCCCAUCUAAGUACAGAGAAGGAUUUUAAUGAUUUAGAGUUUUCUCAAAGUUUCCUGAAUUUAUACACUAAAGUUGAAACUGUGAAAAUAAUCCUUCAUUAUUUACAGUCUACUCCAGAUAAAAUGAAAGUCAGGGGACGGACCUGAAUUAUUCAUUAUAUCCAAAGUUCAAGAUAACCAAUACUGAACUACACAAAUAUUGUGACUGGGGGAUUUAUUUUAACUUCAAUAUAACAGAUACAUGUAGUACAAUAUAAGCGACUUUAAUAUAAGUGGAGUGGACUGUCCUUGCAUGGGAUAGGGAAAUUCUACCUCAGGGACAAGAUUCGCUGUUUCCCUCAAUACAAUUGUCCACGCCCACAACCCACAAGUUGGUAGUGGGAGAAAGAGGAAUAUUACAUUUUUGUGUGAAAAUAGACAUUGCACUUAAUAUAACAAAACUAUCCUGUAAAUUAGAAACAUGAUACACUGUCUUUUGACUCAGUUGUGAAUUCAUUGUCUUCCAAGAAAAACUGCUUGUAGAUGCAUAUGUAUAUAUUUUUUGAUAAAUGCAUUCCGAAGGUUCACCAAUAUGUCAUAUUUUGGUAUGCUGUCAUCAAGUAUUGAAUUGAAGAAUAUAUAUAUCAAAAUAUGAAUAUAAGUAUGAUAUUUAAAAAAACCCAUUGUCUUUGAUAUUGCAAUAGUUUUUUGAUAGUAAUUGACGUUAGUUACAGGUAAUAUUUAGGUUCCUCACCUCUGCACUAUAGCUGUGUGUAUCUCUGUAUUUUUAUCAUUAUCAUUAUGUUCAGAAUUAUCUUUACUUCUCAACAGAUUUAAGGAGAAAACAAGAUACUGUCACAAAUUUUUCAGACAGAUGUAUGCAAUAGAUGCAAAAGUAAAAUCAGAAACUGUCAUGUCUGGUUGCCUCGAUCAGAAGAUUUUGAGCUGGCACUGAUGUCCAACAGUGAUUCUGAUGUAUUUUCCUGAGACCUAAUGAUUUUACAUGAAAAUGCCAUUUUUUUAACAUUAGGCAAAUUGCCAACGCCACAUUAUCACAUAUAUAUCCCACAGUAGUAUAUACCUCCUUAAUCUUCUUACAUACGUGGCUAACAGCGCACUAAGUAUGGGGAAUCUAGUCUGUAAGAUGCACCUUGUUUUAUCUAGUUUAAAAGCUAUUAUUGAAUUUACUUUCUGAGGCAGAAUUGAUUUCACUUUCACCGAAGGUCAAUCCAUUAUACAAAAAUCAUCUCCAGUGAUUUUGGGAUCAAAAGUUCAAGGGAAGCUGGACUCGGAGAUAAAAAAAACAGUUUCCAUGCCAUAAGUGCUUACCAUUUUCACUGGGAGUCGCUAUGCUUAACACAGACUUGCCAUGUAGUAAGAAAAUCCUUAUUGAUUGUGCAGUUUUUCAAAUCUACCCAAUUCUAAUUCUGCUCCACAGGGGCAUUGAUCUUGUUCAGAAUAGCUCUUAUUUCUUUCUUUUUCUUAAUUCCAAGGACUUUGUUCCGUAUGAAAGUAGGAAUUUCAUUAUAUAUUGACUUAAAGUGCAGUCUUGUUAUUAAGGAGGUAUGCUACACCAGGGAAAUUUUAUAUAUGGAUGAAAAAGUGGAGGAUAUGUACAACAAUAUUUUGAAAUUGAAAACUUUCAAAUCUACUUUAAUUAGUCAAAAAAAUGCAGUUUUAAUAGAAAGCAAUCUGCAACAAAUUUAAAACCCCUACUGGACUCUAACCCGCGAUCUACAGUUCAGCAGUUGACGUGUUAACCUACUGAGCUACUCAGCUAGGCGAUAGAUCUCUAAAUGAAUAGACAAAUAUUGCUGAUAUUUAUAUCUAUUAUCCAUUUUUUAAAAGGAAGUCAGCCUUUAUGACGAUGUAGAGUACUUCCUUAAGUUAUAGAAAAAACAUGUGACUAUUGUAAUCAGUCUGCUGACAGAAUGUCGGGGGGAGAGGGGGGUGUGUCCAGUUUAUUAUACAGCCAUACCAGACAGUGUUAUGAAAAAUAUUACUUUUGAUGUGAGCCCACUCACUACGUUGAGGAGUAAGAAAAUAAACGCAUAGUAUGGAUUUUCGUAAGAUGUUUUGCAACCAUGUACCAGAAUAAUUUGUAGAAUAUUCUAUAAAGCAGUGUAACUUUUAAAAUGAUGUAUUAAACUGCCCCAAGACUUCACCCAGGAUAGCUAUAUAUUCUUAUGUAAGUAGUCAUCUUUUUUUAAAAAUGUUUCUGGAUGUUUUGUGUUUAGAUAAUUAUAUAUAGAGUAGCUGUUUACAUUCCACGGUUAAUUUAUUGAGAGUCGUUAUUAAAAUACUCCAAAGUUGUGAGUUUUGUUUGAAUAACUGGAAAAAUCCCAGAUCGGUCUUUGCAACUGCAGAGUGCAUGUCACAGUCGGAUGCUCACGACUGAUCUCGUAAUCCACUCGUCACAUGAUGAGUUGAAGACGAGAUCAGCGGGGGGUAUCCGACAAUGAUCACACGUUAGAGAGUGCUUGAUUUUAGAUGAGGAAAUUUUGAUUUGCUGUUGAAGAAGUUGUAAACUCUGUAAUUUGUUGUAAACUCUGUAAUUUGUUCUCAUGGACUAUAUAUAUUGUUCAUUUCAUCGUUUAUAAAGCUGUAGAUUGUUUUGUUAAUGAAAAAUUAAAAUAAUUAAUCCAAAA